CUGCAAUUGGGAGUCUCGCCGUCGCCUGCCUUUCCUGUCGAUCUGGUGGUGGGGCGGAGCACAUCUGCAGCAACCCUCCCUGCAAGCGACGAACGCAAUCGUGCUCGAAGACAAGGUUGAGUCUUCCGACUACAUUACUGGAGAGACAGCACGCCUGAACUCCUCAGCCGCUUUUGCCUAGACACCAUGCUCUUCUACACAUACUCAGCUAGGUGGCCAUGUCUAAGUUCCUCUCGUCUCCGGUGAGCUUCACCAACACCGACAACCCAGCGGAUUGCGAGGUUGCUGGUUCCGAUGACCAUGACGAUCAAGUUGGACACCUCCAGCAGGCACGGGAUGCCAAACGGCAGAUCGGUGUCGUGUCUGCUACAUUUCUGAUCGUCAAUCGCGUCAUUGGCACCGGUAUAUUCGCCACGCCCGGCUCCAUUCUCGCGUUGUCCGGCAGCGUUGGACUCUCCUUGUUCAUGUGGGUGGCGGGUAUGUUGAUCGCGGCCGCUGGCACAGCCGUCUACAUGGAGUUUGGCACGGCCAUCCCGCAGAACGGAGGCGAGAAGAACUACCUUGAAUACGUGUUCCGGAAGCCCAAGUUUCUCACCACCGGCCUCUACACGGGCUACGUGGUCCUUCUUGGCUGGGCGAGCGGGAACUCCGUCAUCUUUGGCGAGUACAUCCUUAACGCCGCGCAGGUGGAGGUAGACAGGUGGAACCAACGCGGCAUCGGUCUGGCCUGCAUCACUGCGGCCUUUCUCAUCCAUGGAACGGCACUCAAAUGGGGCAUCCGCCUGCAGAACGUCCUGGGAACCAUCAAGGUCAUCGUCAUUCUCAUCAUUGUCGUUGCCGGCUGGGUCGCCUUGGCCGGACAUCUGAAGCUUCCCGAGGACCAACGGCCACACAACUUUGCCAACGCAUUUGAGGGGACGACGGGCAGCGCUUACGGCGUUGUCACGGCCCUCUACAAUGUCAUCUGGAGUUACAUCGGAUACAGCAACGCUAACUAUGCGUUGAGCGAGACGAAAAACCCGAUCCGGACUCUCAAGAUCGCCGCGCCCCUGGCCAUCGGCGUCAUCUCGGUUCUCUAUAUGUUGGUCAACAUCGCCUACUUUGCCGCCGUGUCGAAGGAGGAGAUUCUCGAGGCUCGGAGACUCGUCGCGGCCUCUUUGUUCCGCAACGUCUUUGGCGGCGCUGCCGAGCGCGCUCUCUCGGUCUUCGUCGCGCUCUCGGCGUUCGGUAACGUCCUCAGCGUCAUCUUCUCCCAGGGGCGUCUUGUCCAAGAGCUCGGGCGCGAGGGUGUCCUGCCCUUCUCCCGCUUCUGGGCCAGCAAUCGGCCGUUCAACGCGCCACUAGCCGGUCUCUUUGAGCACUGGGUCGUGUCCGUCAUCAUCAUGUUGGCUCCUCCACCGGGCGAUGCCUACGACUUCAUUCUGAACCUCAUAUCAUACCCCCUCGCCAUUGUGAACGCAUUUGUGGCUGCAGGUCUGAUCUACCUGUACCUGAACCGGAAGUCGUGGAACUGGAACCCGCCUAUCAGCGCCGGUCUACCCGUAGUAAUCUUCUUUUUUCUCAGCAACAUCUACCUCGUGGUUGCCCCAUUCGUCCCGCCCGAUGACGGUCAAAACAUCUACCAGACGCUGCCAUAUUGGAUCCACUGCGUCGUGGGCUUCGGAAUCAUCUUUGCCGGCGGUGUUUACUGGUUGCUUUGGGCCAUUCUUCUGCCCAAAAUUGGGAAAUACCAGCUGGUACGGGAGACUGUUGUUGACGACAUUGACGGAUGGGAGAGGAACGUGUUCUUCCGACGGCCAUUGGAGGAUUCGGCAAGCAACGCAGCGCUUGCGGUGUCGAUUCAGUAAUUUCUAAUUCAAGUCCGCAUUGGGGGAUUCGCAUGAGAUUGGGGUCCUGCAGUGCAGAUGCUAUUCAUCAGCUCAUCAAAGAAAUGCCGAUCCUGCCAUUGAGCUCAUGCAUCCCGAGUGCGUAUACGGGGCGCCGCGCUCCUUGCUUGUGACACUUCCCUUCCCACCAGCUUUAUGUCAUUUCUGAUGUCCGUGAGCGGGACUUUGACAGCGUCGAACGCUUGGAUGCUCCAACACUGGAUUUGCCUCACCUUGUCGCAGUACCAAAAUACACUGAGCACUUUCCAACGUGCUU